UAGCGCUAAAACUGAUCUUUACUUUUACAAAAGGAAGUUGUACUUGUCGAUAGUGCCUAUUCCUUGUUUGUUGUUGAUUGUUAAUUGAAUUGACAGUAAACAUUAAUUUGUUAAUUAUUUUUCUGGUUAAAUACAUAAUCUGUACAAUUACUUUUACGAUAAAUUAUGUCAUAUAUAUAUAUAUAUAUAUAUAAAAGAAUUCAAUAAAAUAAUAUAAUGGCAGUUUGUUGUAUUUGUGAUGUUAAAUUUGGGCUUCAGACAGAAUGUGUUAGUUUUCAUAGAUUUCCUAAAGAUGAAGAUAAAAGAGUGCAUUGGUUUACAGCAAUUGGUGAAAAAGUUAAAAACUUUAUAUUUAUUCCCAAUUCACAAAUAUGUAGUAAACAUUUUACAAUGGAAUGCUUUGUGAUAACAUGCAGUGGUAAAAGAUACUUGAAAGCAGAUGCUGUACCCAGUAUAUUCAACAUACCUUUAAAACAAGGACUUGAACUUAUUCGACCAGUUCAACAACAAUUAUAUACACCAAAAUGUGAUAAUGCUGCUAGUAUGAAUCAUAAGCAGGAAGAAAUUAGAAUAUCAAAAAUCAUUAUAAAACCUAUUAAUAAUAAAUAUUUCGUUACAAAUACAGAUUACAGCAAGAAGCUGCUAGUCUACUCAAAAUGUAUCUUUGAAUGCCUCAGCAGUCAGUAAUACAGGAGAAAUGACUGAUCUGCGACAUGCAAGGGAAUAUAUCGAAACAUUAAAAAAGAAGUUAAAAGUUUCACAACAGAAAUGCCGGAGAUUACAAACAAGGGUAACAUUUUUAAAAUUGCUUGUAAAACAUU